UGGUGAGAUUUGUGCUUUAGAGUGUGGAGAAACUAUUGAGAUAUGGAGGGAUUGAAGGCAGGGAGAACAUUAGGAGGCUGUUGUGGUUGUCCAGUUAGACUUCUUCCCUGACACUGGGAUGGGGUUGACAGGGGUUGUGGGGACAGGGAGGAGGGAAUGCUGCAAAGUAAAGAAUUUCCUUCAUUUGCCAAAGGGCGUCUUCACCAUUUAUAAAUGUCUCUGAAGAUAUAGUGUACCCAGGCCCUCUUUAGUGUCACAGUACGGGUUACCCUUUGUGAUAGAUAAAGAAAGAAAACCCUUGGAGUUACUGAGCUGUGGUAGAAUGGGCAUAGCUUUUGUAUACAGACCUAUUCAGACACAUGCUCUAGCAGUUGCCAGCUGUGGAAGCUUUGGAUUCACCUUUUCACAGUGGACCUGAUAAUAAUACCUACCUCCUACGAUGAUGGAGGACUGAAUGAAAGGAUGUGUGUGGAACCUCCAGGACAGUGCAGACAUGUAGUGGGCCCUCUGGGUUUAGUUUCUUUCCCUCUGGCCAGUGAGGUUUCAGAGGGACUGGUGAACAGUGGAUCUUGACCAUCCAUCUUGAAUUGUCGGUUUGUGCCAGGCAAGCUGGAGACUACAGAAGGAGGUACAGCUCUGCCAGCUGCCAGAACUGUGGCUUUCUCAACUCAACAGGCUUUCUGUGCAGACAAGACCCCAUUUAUGAUUUGCUUGUAAAUGCAUCACGACAAGGCAGCCCAGAAUGAAGAAAGCAAGCAGGAGUGUUGGCUCAGUGCCUAAAGUGUCUGGGAUAAGUAAAACACAAACGGUAGAAAAAAUUAAACCUGAAAACAGCUCUUCAGCAACUACAGGAGGCAAACUUGUAAAACUUGGAACAGCAGCAUCAUUGUCAAAGACCAAGAGCAGUGAUGACCUUUUAGCUGGAAUGGCUGGUGGGGUAACGGUGACUAAUGGUGUUAAAGGAAGGAAAAGCACCUGCCCAUCUGCACCGCCUUCGGCAUCUGUCCCUGCCAUGACAACCGUGGAGAACAAAUCCAAGAUUAACACAGGCACGAGUUCUUCAACCAAGCGGAGCACUUCUGCAGGUAAUAAAGAAUCCAGUUCUACUAGAGAAAGAUUACGUGAACGUACUCGACUAAACCAGAGCAAAAAACUACCUUCUGCAGGUCAGGGAGCUAAUGACGUGGCACUGGCUAAACGUUCCCGCAGUCGCACUGCUACAGAAUGUGAUAUUCGCAUGAGCAAGUCUAAAUCAGACAAUCAGAUCAGUGACAAAGCUGCUUUGGAAGCCAAAGUGAAAGAUCUUCUCACGCUGGCAAAAACAAAGGAUGUGGAAAUUUUACACUUGAGAAAUGAACUCCGAGACAUGCGUGCUCAGCUGGGCAUUAAUGAGGAUCACUCUGAGGGCGAUGAAAAAUCUGAGAAGGAAACCAUUAUCUCUCACCAGCCAACUGAUGUUGAGUCCACUUUAUUGCAGUUACAGGAACAGAAUACUGCCAUUCGUGAAGAACUCAACCAGCUGAAAAAUGAAAACAGAAUGUUAAAGGACAGGUUGAAUGCAUUGGGCUUUUCCCUAGAGCAGAGGUUAGACAAUUCUGAAAAACUGUUUGGCUAUCAGUCCCUGAGCCCAGAAAUUGCCCCUGGUAACCAGAGCGAUGGAGGAGGAACUCUGACUUCUUCAGUGGAAGGCUCUGCCCCUGGGUCAGUGGAAGAUCUCUUGAGUCAAGAUGAAAAUACUCUCAUGGCCCAUCAGCACAGUAACUCUAUGGACAACCUAGACAGUGAGUGCAGUGAGGUUUACCAGCCCCUCACAUCAAGCGAUGAUGCACUGGAUGCACCGUCAUCCUCAGAGUCUGAAGGCAUCCCGAGCAUAGAGCGCUCUCGGAAGGGGAGCAGUGGGAACGCCAGUGAAGUGUCUGUCGCUUGCUUGACAGAACGGAUACACCAGAUGGAAGAGAACCAGCAUAGUACGAGUGAGGAACUUCAGGCAACUCUGCAAGAGCUAGCUGAUUUACAACAGAUCACCCAAGAACUGAAUAGUGAAAAUGAAAGGCUCGGAGAAGAGAAGGUUAUUCUUAUGGAAUCUUUAUGUCAGCAAAGCGAUAAAUUGGAACACUUUAGUCGACAGAUUGAAUAUUUCCGCUCCCUUCUAGAUGAACAUCACAUUUCUUAUGUUAUAGAUGAAGAUGUAAAAAGUGGACGCUAUAUGGAAUUAGAACAACGGUAUAUGGACCUAGCUGAGAAUGCCCGUUUUGAACGAGAACAGCUCCUUGGUGUCCAGCAGCAUUUAAGCAAUACUUUGAAAAUGGCAGAACAAGACAACAAGGAAGCUCAAGAAAUGAUAGGGGCACUCAAAGAGCGCAGUCACCACAUGGAGCGAAUUAUUGAGUCUGAGCAGAAGGGUAAAGCAGCUUUGGCAGCCACGUUAGAGGAGUACAAAGCCACAGUGGCCAGUGACCAGAUAGAGAUGAAUCGUCUGAAGGCCCAGCUGGAGAAUGAAAAGCAGAAAGUGGCAGAGCUGUAUUCUAUCCAUAACUCUGGAGACAAAUCUGAUAUUCAGGAUCUCCUGGAGAGUGUUAGGCUGGACAAAGAAAAAGCAGAGACUCUGGCUAGUAACCUGCAAGAAGAUCUGGCUCAUACCAGAAACGAUGCCAAUCGGUUGCAGGACACCAUUGCUAAGGUGGAAGAUGAAUACCGAGCCUUCCAAGAAGAAGCUAAGAAACAAAUUGAAGAUUUGAACAUGACAUUAGAAAAAUUAAGAUCAGAGCUAGAAGAAAAAGAGACAGAAAGGAGCGACAUGAAAGAAACCAUCUUUGAACUUGAGGACGAAGUAGAACAACAUCGAGCUGUGAAACUUCAUGACAACCUCAUUAUUUCUGAUUUAGAGAAUACAGUUAAAAAACUCCAGGACCAAAAACAUGACAUGGAAAGAGAAAUCAAGACACUCCACAGGAGACUUCGGGAAGAGUCUGCAGAAUGGCGGCAGUUUCAAGCUGAUCUCCAGACCGCAGUAGUCAUUGCAAAUGACAUUAAAUCUGAAGCCCAAGAGGAGAUUGGCGAUCUGAAGCGCCGGUUACAUGAGGCUCAAGAAAAAAAUGAGAAACUCACAAAAGAACUGGAGGAAAUAAAGUCACGCAAGCAAGAAGAGGAGCGAGGCCGUGUAUACAACUACAUGAAUGCUGUUGAAAGAGAUUUGGCAGCCUUAAGGCAAGGGAUGGGACUGAGUAGAAGGUCCUCGACUUCUUCCGAGCCAACCCCUACAGUAAAAACCCUCAUCAAGUCCUUCGACAGUGCAUCUCAAGUACCAAACCCUGCUGCAGCUACAAUUCCUCGAACACCUCUGAGUCCAAGUCCUAUGAAAACCCCUCCUGCAGCAGCUGUAUCUCCUAUGCAGAGACAUUCCAUAAGUGGACCAGUCUCAACAUCCAAACCUCUGACGGCCCUGUCAGAUAAGAGAACAAACUAUGGGGAAAUCCCUGUUCAAGAGCAUCUAUUAAGAACAUCUUCAACCAGCCGACCUGCUUCUCUACCGAGAGUACCUGCCAUGGAAAGUGCCAAGACCAUCUCAGUGUCUCGACGAAGUAGUGAAGAAAUGAAACGGGACAUCUCUACACCGGAGGGAGCAUCACCAGCUUCUCUUAUGGCUAUGGGAACCACGUCACCACAGCUUUCCCUGUCCUCCUCUCCCACAGCAUCUGUGACCCCCACCACCCGAAGCCGGAUAAGGGAAGAGAGGAAGGAUCCUCUCUCAGCACUGGCAAGAGAAUAUGGAGGAUCAAAGAGGAAUGCCCUGCUGAAGUGGUGUCAGAAGAAAACGGAAGGCUAUCAGAAUAUUGACAUCACAAACUUCAGCAGCAGCUGGAACGAUGGGCUGGCCUUCUGCGCCCUGCUGCAUACGUAUCUUCCAGCCCACAUUCCAUAUCAAGAACUGAAUAGCCAGGAUAAGAGAAGGAACUUCACUCUGGCCUUCCAGGCAGCUGAAAGUGUUGGCAUCAAGUCCACACUGGACAUUAAUGAAAUGGUGCGGACUGAACGGCCGGAUUGGCAAAAUGUGAUGCUGUAUGUGACAGCCAUCUACAAGUACUUUGAAACCUGAGCACACCAGGAGGAGCUGCCCUGACAGCUGGGGGACCUUCCGCAGUUUCCAAAUGACACCAAUGCCAUUAGCUACGCACCCCCAUAAAGCUUUCAGCAACUCUCUGGGCUGCCCUGCAGUGUAUGAGCCUCCAGCCCGGAAUCUCCAUGUCAGGAGAUUCUGCUCAGACCAGGGCUUCUCCCACGUGACCCAUCCAUUUGGAGAUCUGUGGGCAAUUGGCUGCUGGAAUUUUCCUUCUCAAGAGAAUAUUGAACUUCAUUACUGCUCCUGAGUGUAAAACAAAGGCUUAUGCAUAGCUAAACAUGGGGAAAGGAAUAAAUUAUGUGGGAAAAACGGGGGUUGGUGAAAACUUUAGCCACAGCACUUCUCAACCGCUGGCCAGUGGAGGCUCCGUCAUUGGGGAGAACCAUGGAGGCAAAUCAGUACCUGGCAGAGGUUCCUGCAGCCCAGCACUGGAAUGCAGCAGCUUUGGCCUUUAUGUGGGCCUUGUUUGAGUGCCUCCCCACAGAAGUCAGGCAGCCACCCCUUCCCCAUGACAGGGCUCUCCUGGUCAGCACAAUCUAGGGGUUCUCAACUUGAGCUAAGAGAGUAUCAAGACAGUUACAGCAUGGGCAUCCCGGCCCUCAGGUUCUGCCACUGAGUUCACACUGCCAGGCCUCAUCAGCAGGAAGCUGUGUAGUCCCCUCGCCAGGUGCCCUGCCACCUGUCAUCCAGCCCGGAACCAGUUUGUGGCCCAGCUCUGCUUUAGGUUUCUGGACAAAAGACUUGGUCAUAAGGAUUUCUCCUGGUUAAAACUUUUGUUUUGUUUUGAGCAAUAUUGGGGGAAAAUGCUCCUGUCUAUUAGUACCAAAGUUAAUUGUUUUAAUAAGCAUAGAAAUAAAACACAAAGUCUGGACAUUAGCAUGACAAGAGCAAGGAAUGAAGUAGCAAGUAGCAGAGAAAAAUGUAAAUAGCUUUAGAGAGCCCAGACAGGGUCAUUUAAAGUCACUUCUGAGUCACCGAGACAUAAUCCUUCUAGGCAAGAAUUUAAGAAAGUGCCUUAACUUUCCUUGUAAGGGUAGCCUGUCCCCCUCCAUGGCCAGGGUGGGAUGGAUUGGGGUUCAGUGGUAGAGAUGGCCCCGCUGCCCUGUCCUGCCUUUCCCUAGGUACCAGGUCUGCACUGUUUGAACCACAGCCUUAUUUAAAGGUGGUCUGUUGAGACGACUCAGGCUGGGACUCAACAGCCCUUUUUGGAAACGGAGUCCAUGUCUCAUGUGUGUGUAACACAGUUGCUGUUGGUUUGAACAGUGUCAAGACCUGCAACUUCCAGAAUACAACUGUGUUUGGCACCUGCAAAGCACCUCGAGGAAGACCAGCCACAAGUGGAAGCGGGUUCGCUGCAUCAUGGAUCUGACGCAAAGAGGGGCUCCCAGGAGGCCUACCCAGCCCGACCAUGCGCUGAGGGUUCUGUGUUCUAGCAUGAUUCUUCUAGAUUGAGAGUUCAGCAUGUCUGUAGCCUAGAAAAGAAUGUGGUUAUUAGUAAAUGGGCUGUGUGUGCAUGCAGCCUGCUAGUGUACCACCAGGUGGCCAGGAGCUGCCCAUCAGCCCUGCCCGCAUGUCCUACCCUGGCAACUCAGGCUGUCACUCCUGGCUGGCAGCUCUUUGAGAGAGGCCAGGCAAGCAGAGUCAAGCAGUGGAACGUACCGGAAGACCCCUGAAGAUGCUGACUUCCUAGAUGCCUGGCCCAGUCCUCCCUGACUGAGUUCUGUUCUUGUUCCUGAGUUGCUGGGCCUGAGUUAGUUGCUCUGUUGAUGGUUAAUUAUGCUGUCAGUGUGAGUGACUAUCCUGUAAGAAUCAUUGUCUUUAAAUGUCUCUCCACUCGGUUUUUCUGAGUUCCCUCCUUCUGCUCUCAUUUGCCUUCAAGGAGGCUUUCCACCUGUCUGGAUCCAGGGCCAUCUGAUCCACGGUCAUGUUUUUAUUUAUUAUGUCAUUGGGUGGGUCUGUUUUGUCCUAUGAAUGAGAGGACUUUACUGGAUCUGCAGUUCACAACGUUGUCCCUUGCUGGCCACAUGGGCCCAGCCCUGGCAGCUCUUGCUAUGAGGUAGGGGUAGCUGGAAUCUUCUGGCGGAAGGUGUUGGAGGAAGGUGGCCACUGCUGAUGGGCUGUAUGCACUUGGAUGGCAUUUCCUUUCUGGGAAUUCGUGGUCCCAGCAUCAUGCCCAGGUGUCAGCGGCAAGGCAGAGGGGUGGGCAGAGGCUCACCUCAAGACCCCCACCCAGGUCUGCUGCUUAUAUUUGCGUGUGGGUCACAGGUGAGGGGAUUCCAGAAGCAUUACUUUUACCUUUUCUAAUAGGAUCCUUAUAGCACCAAUGGCUUUAUGGAAAUGAUUAUGGAUGGUCAUAUGUGUUUAGAAGAGAUAUCUGGAGGUGCUCUUGCUCCAGCAGCAUCUGAUGUGAAGCAUCCCGGAAGUCAUCUUGCCUCUGUUCCCUACAAGCACAAACUUUACUGCAAAAGGGCCAGUUUUGUUUCUCUCGAUCAAGGCUUCUGCUGACUGACAAUACUUUAUGUUGUUCUAGUAAACAUUCUUGAAUGUAUUAAAAUUGCUGAAACACAA